AUGGAUAUUUCAAAGGAGAAUCUGUCAAAGUUUAGAGCUGUUAAAUCAUUUAGGCUGCCGGAGAAUGAAGUUCUGCCUAUAACGUCUUUAAGCUUCGAUGACCAUGGACAAUACUUAUUGAGCGCUUCAGCAAGUGAUAACAUGCAUCUUUACGAUGCUGUUGGAUGUCGAUUUUUGAAUACAAUUGCCUCUAAGAAAUACGGUUGUCAUGCAGCAAGGUUUACACACUCACAAUCAGAAUGUAUCUACAGUUCUACCAUGAAGAGCUUUGAUAUUAGACAUUUGAAUUUAGAGACCAAUCAGUACUUGAGAUAUUUUACGGGACAUGGGGCACUCGUCAGCGAUCUUCAAAUGUCACCAUUAAAUGAUACUUUCCUUUCCGCAUCCUACGAUGAAUCUGUAAGACUUUGGGAUAUGAGAGCUUCAAAGGCACAGGCUAUUGUACCCAGUUUAGUACCAAGUUGUAUAGCAUAUGAUCCCAGUGGGUUGGUAUUUGCAUUGGGUAAUCCACAAAAUUAUGAAAUUGGAUUAUACAAUUUAAAACAGUUGAAGAAUGGGCCUUUCCUAGUUAUCAAAGUUAAUCCCAAAUUUGAUAAAUGGAACAAACUAGAAUUUUCUAACGACGGUAAAUAUCUGCUAUUGGGAUCAUCUGCAGGUAGACAAGUUAUACUUGAUGCUUUUGAUGGAACACAAUUGUUUGAGUUGUCAGGUACAAAAUCGUUUCCACUGAGAGAAUUUAUGGAUUCCGGGUCCGCAUGUUUUACGCCUGAUGGUAGAUAUACAAUGGGUACGGAUUAUGAAGGCAAAAUUGCCAUUUGGAAUCAUUCAGAAUCAGUUAGCGGUAAAACUUUAAAACCACAGGGUUAUAUACAGGCGGCACCUGAAUCAUGCCCGAGAACCAUAGCGUUUAAUCCGAAAUAUGCAAUGUUCGUCACUGCAGAUGAAAUGGUCGAUUUUUAUGUUGGCCAAGAUAAUUAA